UUAAUUCUCUAUUUGAACUUCUCUCCAGUAAAGCUCUACAAACGUAGGAACACCCGUAGUAACAGACGAAUUAUACACAUCUGACUAAGCCACGUGAAUGCCAAGCCGCAUAAAUGAUUAUGUGAUCAAAUGACAUCAUGUGCAUUUCCCCUCUCGAUCCAACUCAAUGCAAGUCAACAACACAACAUGUAGACAAAAGUAUGCAGACACAUACACCAUGAACAUGAACAUUCCAACCUGGAAUGCUCCGAUCCAUGGAUACGACCACGAAAGCGUGGACCAUUUCCGUGAACCGAGGCAUGUGAAGUUCAACCGACGGUUAUCAGAUCAUCAUCUUCGUUCCAAGUCCUCCAAUUCUUCUCCUGCAUAUACCCACAUUGUUGUACGUAUCAGUAUAUUGGCACUGUAUAUAUCAUUCCAAUCUAUAUCCUUCAUUGUACAGCCCAACAGUCAACCCUUGGUACCACCAAUAACACCAAAAACCACAUAUCCCCAACACAAACCAGCAAUCCAAAAUGACGACCUCCCUAAACCCCAAAUACUUCAACAUAACCUACCCCCAAGAACAUGUCGCGCACGUCGAGAUCAACCGUGCCGACAAAAUGAACUCCUUCUUUGAAGCCAUGUGGCUCGAACUCCACACAAUCUUCAACCACCUCUCUCACUCCCCAACCGUCAGAGCUAUCGUCCUCUCCGGCGCCGGCCCCAAAGCCUUCACAGCCGGAUUGGACGUCAAAGCCGCCAGCCAGGGCCUCCUCUCCUCGGACGACGACAGCCAAACGGAUCCCGCCCGCAAAGCCUUCCACCUGCGCCGCCACAUCACCUCCUUCCAGGAUUGCAUCUCGGCUAUCGAGCGCUGCGAGAAACCCGUCAUUGUGGCCAUGCAUGGCUUCUCGCUCGGCCUGGCGGUCGACAUCGCCACGGCGGCCGAUGUGCGGCUCUGUGCCGCGGACACCAAGUUCGCCGUGAAGGAGGUGGAUAUCGGUCUUGCGGCGGAUAUCGGGACGCUGAGUCGGUUACCGAAGGUGGUGGGGAAUUUUGGGUGGGUGAAGGAGGUGGCGCUGAGUGCGAGGGUGUUUGGGGCCGAGGAGGCGCAGCGGGUUGGGUUUGUAAGUCAGGUGUUUGGCAGUAAGGAGGAAGUGCUGAAGGGGGCGCUGGAGAUCGCCGGGUUGAUUGCUAGUAAGAGUCCGGUUGCUGUGUUUGGGACGAAGGAUAUUCUGAACUGGAGUCGGGAUCGGAGUGUGGCGGAUGGUCUUCGGUAUACGAGUGUCUGGAACAGUGCUGCGCUGCAGACGAAGGAUGUCAGUGCGGCGUUGCUGUCGGGGAUUCAGAAGAGGAAGCCUACGUUUGAGAAGCUGUGAUCAUUACCAUCGAUACUGCUGUAGAUAUCUAUAUCGGGGUAAUUUGCAUGGGACUAGAUAGUACUGUAUCAUACAUCAGACCUAUUGAUUGACCUCGGAUACCAGCCUCUCUCUACUCAAGAACAACCAUCCUACACCCUGUACCAUAUAACUACUAGAAGACUAUACCUACAUCCCCUCGGUCCAAAACACCCCGAACUUCCACAUCCCCGAACAAUAACCCGUUGGUGGAAAAAACCAGCAAAGGGCCUCGUAUUGCUCAAGGCGGGGCCACAAGGGCAGCCCGGCAAGCACGUCACUCGAGUGAUUCUUCACGGAGCGGAUAAGCUUCCCCGUUUUCCACUAAUAAUAUAUGCGGGGGAGGGACGGGGCGUCGGUUCCCACAAAUAGAACCGCGGGCUAAUCUAUGCACGACGGGGGUACGACGAGAUCGACCCCGAGUACUG